AACUUGCCUGGGUAUGACUGAUGAGAGGAAACACUUGCUUUGCAGUGACAAGAAGCCAGCGAUUGAAGAUGGAUCCUCUAUCAUGAAGAAGAUAGGUAAUGUUUGGAGUUGUGACAUAUGCAAGGAAGGGUUCCCAUCACAUCAGCAUCUCACUGAACACUGCCAAACGCACGUCACAGACACUUCAUUCAAGCAUGAUGUUAGCGGUGUGCAGCCUUCACAAAGUGAAUUGCAUGUGAAACAUACUGGCAAAGAGCGUUUCAAAUGUUCCACAUGCGGGCAACAGUAUUCAUGGUAUCCAGAUCUUGUGAAUCAUCAGCGAAGACAUAUGGGUGACACACCUUUUAAAUGUGACAUCUGUGGAAAUGAAUUCUCACAUCGAAGAAAUCUUGUGGCACAUGAAAGAACCCAUACUGGUGUGAAGCCUUUCAAAUGUUCUGCAUGUGGGAAAACAUUUUCACGGAGAGGAAGUCUUGUGAGACAUCAAAGAAUUCAUACAGGCAAUGCACCUUUCACAUGUGUCAUCUGUGGAAAUGAAUUCUCACAUCGAAGAAAUCUUGUGGCACAUGAAAGAACCCAUACUGGUGUGAAGCCUUUCAAAUGUUCUGCAUGUGGGAAAACAUUUUCACGGAGAGGAAGUCUUGUGAGACAUCAAAGAAUCCAUACAGGUGUUAUGCCUUUCAAAUGUGACAUUUGUGGGAAAGGUUUAUCAGAUUAAGGACGUCUUGUGAGACAUCAAAGAACACACACUGAUGGAAAGCCUUUCAAAUGUUUUACGUGUGAUAAAGCAUUUUCACGGAGUGAAGAUCGUAUAAGUCAUCAACAAAGACAUAUAGGUGACACACCUUUCAAAUGUGGAAGUUGUGGGAAGGGGUUUUCACGUCAAAGAAAUCUUGUGACACAUCAGGGAACACAUACAGGGAAAAGCCUUUCAAAUGUUUUACUUGUGGAAAAUCAUUUUCACGGAAAGGAAAUCUUAUGAAUCAUCAGAGAAUUCAUACAGGUGUCAAGCCUUUCAAUGUGGCACUUGUGGCAAAGUAGUGUCCGACAAAGGAAGCCUUGUGAGACAUCAGGGAACACGCACUGGUGUGCUUAUGCACUACUGACGUAAGUAGGGAAGUCUGACAUCCAGCAACCUCUAAAAAUUAAUCAAAAGUUAAUUUGUCAUUUCCGAACAUAAUCACUAAUGACUAUUAAUGAUACAUACCUGAUAUAUAUUUUCUGUAUCAAAUUGUAUACAGUGGGCACUCGCUUAACGAGCACAAUUAGUUCCAGAAUCUUACUCA